AAUUACAAUGUGUUUCAUGUGGUAGAAAUAAAAAGAGAUAAUUCAAACAAAGUCAAGUUUGGUUCUUCUCGUUCCGAAUCUUACUGUUAAUCAGAAUUUAUACACAUAUUAAUUCAUGUUACAUAUUACAAUUACUAUGUGCUAAUAUAUUUAGGCAUUAACUGUGGAAUUACUUGAGGAAUAAAAUACAUUAUGGACUUUUAAGAGCUAGAAUAAAAGUCAUAUGUGCCCAACACAAGUGGUUCCAACCCAAUAUGUUACUACUAGAAAACAAUGCCUGUUUUAUUGUGUUUACGAACAUAUACAGACAUAGACAAACCGUUAGAAAUCAUUUUAAUAGCUGGUAUUAUUUGUAUACUAAUAAAGAAUCCGUCAAUUAGUUGGUUUCACUCUUUUAUUUUGAAAUUUGGUCCAGGAACUUCCUUUUUUCUUUUUUACAUCUGAAACAGUUAAUAUGCCUUUUUAAGUUAUAUUUAUUCUUUUUAGAUUAAAAAGUCCAAUUCUAGAAUUGUUUUUGUUUAAAAGUGGGUCAUUUUAGCAGCAGUCAUGAAAGAAAUAUUGUUUUAUUCUGAUUGAUUUCCGGACGGCCUAUACUUCCGGUGUUUCGUUGAAACCAGUUCCCCCGUAGAUUUGUAUUUCCACCGAAAUGUAACCUGAACACAGAAUCCUCUUAAUGUUCCUCUUAAAAUAAAUGCUUAACUUCAAACUACUCUUAGUCUGACACCAACUUAACGACGCUUAACCACAACGUAACCAAAGUCACUGAGGACAGGGUUGAGAGAGGGAUAAUUUGAACGGUUAACAGACUUCACCACAACACCUACUGGUCCGUAUCUUUUACGCAUGCGUACUUAUAAUAAUAGUACCGGAAGCGGCUCUUACACAGCUUGGCUGUCUCUCUACACACUGACUGAGAAAACGCACUGAUUUCGGCUUCAAAAAUGAUGAAGUGUCUCCCUAAACUGCUGCUGCUUGCGCUGUUAGCCUUCCCGGCGACCCUCCUCAUCAAAGGGCCGAUGGCGAGCGCCCAGGACCUGACUGAGGAUGAGGAGGCUGAGGCCGUGGAUGAAGAUGUCGUGGAUGACGUGACGGACGAGGACGACGAGGCUGAAGUGGAAGACGAUGAGAACGUAGAGCUGACGGAAGAAAAAGAAGAAGAAGAAGAGGAAGCGUUGGUUGGAGAAGUGAAGGCUUCUCCCAACGCUGACACCACCAUCCUCUUCGUCAAAGGAGACGACUUCCCUGCCAACGAGAUCGUGAAGUUCCUCCUCGGUUUCUCCAACAAAGGACCAGAGAACUUCGUAGUUGAGUCUCUGGACGCCUCCUUCCGUUACCCACAGGAUUACCAGUUCUACAUCCAGAACUUCACGGCCCUCCAGCUCGGCAUCGUGGUCCCGGCCUCCAAACAGGCGACCUUUGAGUACUCCUUCAUCCCAGCGGAGCCGAUGGGGGGGCGGCCGUUCGGACUCGUCAUCAACCUCAACUACAAGGACGGAAACGGAAACGUUUUCCAGGACGCCGUGUUCAACCAGACGGUCACCGUCACAGAGCGAGAGGAUGGACUAGACGGAGAGACGAUCUUCUUGUACGUCUUCCUGUCGGGCCUCGGGCUGCUGGUGGUCGUCGGUCUUCACCAGCUGAUGGAGUCCAGAAAGAGGAGACGUCCAGCUGCAAAGGUGGAGAUGGGAACUUCAAGUCACAACGAUGUCGACCUCAGCUGGAUCCCUCAGGAGACACUCAACCAGAUCAUGCAGAGUCGCAGAGACAAAGCGUCUCCAAAAAGAUCUCCUCGCAAGAGGAACCAGAAACGCUCAGCCGGCUCGGACGAGUGACGGGCGCCAUGAACACACGGUGGUGAAACCAUACCACCGGUGAAGGAGGAGGAAGAUGAUGAGGAGGAGGAGGAGGAGGAGGAGGAGGAGGAGGGCCACACUCUGUCCUCUCUACUGAAAAACUUUAACCAGUGCCAAGCACAGCAACGGCUGGCUCUCUACUUAAAGCUUAGAAACUGUUGCACACACACACACACACACACACACACACAGUGUGAAACGGUUCGUCCUGUUUUGGGUUCAAACGGCACAUUUUUCUCUAAAGAUUGUUGGUUUUUCUUUAGAUGAUAUUUAGUUUGUUGAAGCUGAUCAUGUGAUCGUUGUUUGUUUACGUCCCUCUCUGGUGUAGAGCUGCAACUAAACUAAGAGUAGAAAAUCAAUUAAGUCAAAGAACAAUGAGCCAAAACAUGUGAAAUGUCUCCGUUCCCUCUUCUAUUGUUCUGAUAAGGUCUUCAACUGAACAUCUUUGACUUUAGAACGUAAUAAUAAUCUGAAGAAGUCGUGUUCUCUACAGAUGAUCAAACGUUAUGCAGACGACUUGAUGCUGGACGUUGCAGCUCCACUCUUGUGAGUGAAGGAGACUCUUUGACUUGUUUUUAUCUCUUAGUUAUUCUGCUGUCGCUUCUCUCAUUUCACCGUCUGGUUAGAACGUCCUUGCAGACUUUAUUAAACAGACGUGUAGCGGAGUCGAGUCUUCGUCCUGCAGACGGCAGGAGGGCACUUUGUACGUGGAAGUAAGUUAAACAUGGAGGCGGCUUGCAGGAGCUUCCACAGUGUUGUAGACUUCUAUCAUAAUCGUUGUUGUGGACGGGAAAAACAAGCAAUUUAAAUUCAGGCUGGGUGUGAAUCUAAAGACCUUUUAUUCCCUGAGGUCGUGAGCGGAGAUCAACCGGCCCUUUAAACCCUGAGCUCAUCAUCACGACGCCUCGCCGCGUGCCUGUUUUUCUACUUCUCUUGUCUGUAAAAUGUCCAAACUUCUGUUUUCUCUUCAAAAUCAGAGCGACAAUAAUUUGAGUCUUUUUUGUUUUCUUUGAAUUGUGAAAACUGGCUGAAGCACUGGUGUAAAUACUGUCUGAUGGAUGAGAGCAGAACUUACUGAGCUAAUUUAUUUGAGUGACAGAUUGGGUUUAAACAAGGGGCGGGGCGGGAGCGGGUGUUUGUGCACUGUUUUUUUUAUUUCACCACUAGGGGGCGACACCGACUCGCUCUAGGACUCGGUUCUAGAGUUUAGUCCUUUUUAAAGCUCUGUCUCUGAGAGGAGUCCACCUGUAGCUGCGUGUCGGACUCUUAAAGCUGCAGAACACACCUGAGUCUCCAGGGGGCGGAGCUUAAGUCUCUCGUACUAAAAUAAACGGGGCUGUCAUUCAGAGAAACGUACUAAUACUUUUUAUUUGCUUUUAAAUGUGCAGGAAAUAAACUUUGAUGAUUUGCU